GCCACCAUUCGUCCGAACUACUGUACUGUACUUGCGACGAUGGCUUUCAGUGACUCUCCAUCUGAUUUUGAUUGGGAUACGUGGUCCGACAACGAGUCGAUCCAUGGAAGCAGCUCAGCGCCUGCAGUAUCUUCUAGGGCGGCAUCGCAGCAACCUCCUGGUGGCCGACUCCCAUUACUUCGACUGAUUGACUGGGACAGAUUCCGCAGUUACGAUGAGCAGCCGCCAACCUGUAUUCAUUACUCUCUUGAGUGGAAAUUGACAGCGAACAAUAGAACAGUGUCCAAAGACAGCGAGCCGAAUCUUGUCCUUGCUCCGGGCGAUUUCUGGGACAUGACGUUGCAGAGCAAGCUCAGCAACCUUGUGACCAAGAAGCUGGCAGCCAACAAACUCUUCAAGCCCGAUGAUACCACCGUGAUAGUGUCUGUGCGAGACCGCUCCGAAGAAGACCUAGUCAAGCGAUUCGAUGAUCUAGAGAUAGAAUGGGAGGUCGUCGAGACGCAGCUGCGCACGUGGAGCCACUUGUUUCGUGCUGGCAAAAAGCUGAAGAUCAGUGUUUCCUUCAAUUACGUGGAGACUGGACCGCGGCCGUGCCGGACGACGGGAACGAAGCGCUCAGCAACGCAACGGAUGCUUGCCGAGCGCGAUGCAGAGCUCGAAGGCGAGCGCAACAGGACGGGACAGGCGCCGUCUUGGGAACGAGUGUACAGCCUCAUGAGAUGUCCCGGUCCGCCCUGUAAUCUUGGACCGCAUUGCUGGGUUGAUGAUAACGGGGGGAAGCACCACAAGCUGAUGACUCGUCAUCUGACAAGUUUGGUUGCCUACGUUGAGGAUGGUGGAAUGCUUGAGAGCCACAGCGAUAUACCCAGCAGCAUCCGUGAACUGUUGUAUGCGGAGGACCAGCAGCGUUUGGACCGUCAGGGACGGUCACAGAGUCAAGCGAAAUAUCCACCCAUUAACAUUACCAAUGUCAUGCCCGGAUCGGACGCUUCUGCAGGGGUUUCGCUGUCUGGACACGGACCCGGGCCGGCGCCUACAUCGGCAUCCCCCCAAACGCCAACACGAUUGAAGAUCUCUGGUCCCAGAGAUUCUGCAUUGAGGAGUUAUUACCAGUGGCAGUGCGCACAGGUGUUGGAUAAUUCAUUCAAGGCAGGGUAUCGGAAGGCGUACGAGGUUAUGGUCGAACAUUGUCUUGACCUCGAACAAGUGGACGAGGACCAAGACACUCAAUUUUUCAUUGAUAAUGGUGUCAAGAAGGGCGCCGCAGCACGUUUCAUCAGGGACAUUCGCGAGUGGGCCCUGGGUCAGGAAUCAGAACAGCAGUAGAAAGCAAUAGACUACGCGUGCGAAAUUACCCUGAUCUUCUGCUGGACACGGCCUUCAACUGGACCCAUUUCCUAUUGAUGCUCCUCUAUCUCCAAACCGGCAUGUCGGAAACGGCCUUCCGCGCUUGCCUUCCUAGCACCUACUGAUCGCACACACCAUUCAAGGAACCAUGCGAAAUCAGGACAGUUCUCACAAUCUGCCCAGUGACGCUUAACAAAGCCUUUAAGCUCUGCAAAGAACUCCUCGAUGGGAUUCAAGUCGGG